GGAUAAGUUAUUUUCAAUCAGAAAAUACUAUAAUGCUGGGUUUAGGUACUUAGAGCUGUGUAUUUGGCCUUUUAAUUUAUUUUUACUGUAAUAUGCCUUUGGAUGGUUGUAAUAUGUUAGAAGUCUGUACUGAAUGGGUUUUAAUAGCCUUUCUGGUUAUUUGAGAGCCAACUGUAUACUUGGAGUCCUACUAACUGCUUUAUUAAAGAUUAGACAUGGCUAUCCUUCUGUCUCAGUUGGUCUAUGGGAUAAGGUUGCAGAAAUGAGUGCUAAGACUUUGUAAUCCUGGAGAAGCACUUGUAGGCAGUUGGGAAGAAGCACAGAGGUUCCUCUUGAGCUCGACUUUCUGGCACGGCUGGGCAUUCCAAUUGCAAAAGGAGGAUCAGGAGAAGAAACUUCUAAAGAUUGCACACAGAAUAAAAACAACUGUAUUGGAGACUUUUUGCUGCUUAAUGCUCUUUGCUCUAAAGUCCUGGAGUUGCGUCUUUUUCCCCUGUGAGGAUGAUGUCUCUUUCAUCACCCAAGAUAGAUGUAACUGAAAGGGAGUUGCCAAGCUUUUAUUUUGGUUUUGGUUUCUCUGCUCCCUUGCUAAUUGGAUUUUUCCCAUCUUCUGCAGGAGGAUUAUAAAAGGAUUAGAGAAGCUGGGAGUUUUGGGGUGUGGGAGGUAGCUAUUGUUUUUUUCCGUGAUUCUGGGACCAACUUGAUUUGCCAUUUGUUCCCUGAAGUCACUGCCUGUUUGGAAAAGGGAGAAGCAGCAUAACAGAACUUGCAUGACCAUGGAUUCCUCGCAUUUGCAAACUUUAUAUGUGGCUGCUUGUAAAAGAGGUUUUUGCAUACAUAGGCAUCAAAUGAAGAAUAGCAUCCCGGGCUGGAUUUAAAAGAAGCAAACCGCUUGUGUCCUGAUAAAGGAUAAGUUCUGUUUAAACUAUAAUUUAAAGAAGAUUGGAUGUUGUUCUUGUUUUGAAUUUCACUGAAAGAAAGGAAGGGCCUGAUCCAAGUCAAAUACUCUGCCAGUCUAAACCUACAUAUUCUACAGCUGAAACUGGAAGAAUGUCUUGGAAAAGAAAUUACUUUUCUGUGGGUCGGGGGAAUGUACAGGGCAUGUUUACUCCACGAAAUACAACCUCAAUAGCACCCAGUAAAGGUCUCAGCAAUGAACCAGGACAGAACAGCUGCUUUCUGAACAGCGCACUACAGGUUCUUUGGCACCUGGACAUUUUUCGGCGCAGUUUCCGGCAAAUCACUACGCACAAAUGUAUGGGAGAUUCUUGCAUCUUCUGUGCUCUUAAGAGUAUCUUCAACCAGUUCCAGUGUAGCAGUGAGAAAGUACUGCCUUCUGAUGCCCUGCGCACUGCUCUUGCAAAGACAUUUCAAGAUGAGCAACGCUUCCAGCUGGGCAUCAUGGAUGAUGCUGCUGAAUGUUUUGAAAACCUGUUAAUGCGAAUUCACUUCCACAUUGCAGAUGAGACAAAGGAAGAUAUUUGCACUGCAUCACAUUGCGUUUCCCAUCAGAAGUUUGCAAUGACCUUGUUUGAACAGUGUGUUUGUACCAGCUGUGGUGCCACAUCUGACCCACUACCUUUCAUCCAGAUGGUACACUAUAUUUCCACAACCUCACUCUGCAAUCAAGCUAUUUGUAUGCUGGAGAGACGAGAGAAACCCACUCCAGAUAUGUUUGGAGAGCUACUACAGAAUGCCAGCACAAUGGGAGACCUACGAAAUUGUCCAAGUAACUGCGGGGAAAAGAUCCGUAUUCGUCGUGUGCUGAUGAACUCUCCACAGAUCAUCACCAUUGGCUUAGUCUGGGACUCUGACCACUCUGACCUGGCUGAGGAUGUGAUUCACAGUCUGGGCACUUGCCUUAAACUGGGAGAUCUCUUCUUCAGAGUAACUGAUGACAGAGCAAAACACUCGGAGCUGUAUUUGGUGGGAAUGAUCUGUUACUAUGGAAAACACUAUUCUACAUUCUUCUUCCAAACUAAAAUCCGCAAGUGGAUGUACUUUGAUGAUGCUCAUGUCAAAGAGAUUGGUCCAAAAUGGAAAGAUGUUGUGACAAAGUGCAUUAAAGGUCACUAUCAGCCUUUGCUGCUGCUGUAUGCAGAUCCAAGAGGAACUCCAGUGUCAACACAAGACUUGCCCCCUCAGGUGGAUUUACAGCAAUAUAGCAGGACUUGCUAUGAUAGUGAAGACUCAGGGAGAGAACCUUCCAUAUCAAGUGAUACCAGGACAGAUUCUUCUACAGACAGCUAUCCUUAUAAACAGGCACACCACGAGUCUGUGGUCAGUCAUUUCUCCUCUGACUCUCAGGGGACAGUCAUCUACAAUGUGGAUAAUGAUGCAGCUUCACAAAGCAGCAGAGACACAGGGCACCUGACUGACAGUGAGUGCAAUCAGAGGCAUGUUUCCAAAAAGGGCUCACUGGCAGACCGCAAGAGGAGUUCUAGCCGUUCCCGGCGAAAAGGAGAUGAGGCUCAGUCAUCAGGAUACCAUAGUGAAGGAGAAACCUUGAAGGAGAAACAAGCCCCCAGAACUGCCCCCAAACCAUCCAGCAGCACAAGCAGGCUGAGGGAGUUUAAAGAGACAGUGAGCAAUAUGAUCCACAGCAGACCACAGCAGAUUUCUCAGACCAUCCAUAAUUCCCCUCGUGGAGGGAGUAGUGUGGAUCAAACAGAAACACGACCCUCAAAAAGCCUGUAUGCACACUCUCGAGAUUGGGAAGUGGAGAGUACCAGUAGUGGAUCUAAAUCCAGUUCAUCUAGCAGGUAUCGGCCAACCUGGAAACCCAAAAGAGAGUCUCUGAAUAUAGACAGCAUCUUCAGUAAAGACAAGAGGAAACACUGUGGCUACACUCAACUUAGCCCCUUCUCUGAAGAAGCAGGUAAAGAGCUUAUUGAGAAUGUGGCGAAGGAACACACCGUUCAAGAAGUAAGAUCAAGCCAGUCAAAUGCCAGAUACAAGCGUGGUAUGCUAGGCCGGGGCACCCAGCAUCAUAUGGUGGAUCAGCAGCCUCAUCUAAUACAGAGGAUGGAGUCUGGCUAUGAAAGCAGCGAGCGCAACAGCAACAGCCCUGUUAGUCUGGACUUGCCCUUGUCUGAAAGCUCAAGUACCCACAGGGAUGUUCAUAUGAAGCGAACAGGUGGAUUGGUUCCUGCCUGGCGUAACAUCCCAAAGUCUCAUAGUAGCAGUAUCUUGGAAGUGGAGUCUACUUCAUCAGUUGGUAGCUGGGCAAACAGCUCACAGGCCAUUGGAAAUGGUGGGGAGAUGUUUGGCCCUUUAAAGAGUGAACUGGAUGAAUUGCAAGAGGAGGUGGCAAGGAGAGCACAUGAACAAGAACUACGCAGAAAAAGAGAAAAGGAAAUGGAGGCAGCAAUGGGCUUUAAUCCCCACCCAAGCAGGUUCAUGGAUCUAGAUGAACUGCAGAAUCAGGGGAGGAAUGAUGGCUUUGAGAAGUCGAUGCAGGAGGCAGACUCAAUCUUUGAAGAGUCGCUGAAUCAGGAGCAGAAGGGGGAUUGUGCUGCAGCUUUGGCUCUCUGUAACGAAGCUAUCUCUAAACUAAGACUUGCCAUGCAUGAUGCCAGCGCUAGCACUCACAGCAGAGCCCUAGUCGAUAAGAAGCUGCAAAUCAGUAUCCGAAAAGCCCGGAGCCUCCAGGAUCGCAUGCAGCACCAACAGCCAUCGCAGCCGCUGCCGCCGCCAACCUGCCACCCACCACAGGGCGGCACCAUGGCCCAGUCUACAAGUGAACAGACUGGCCCGCUCCAAGUACUGCUGAGCCAGGAAGUACCACUGGAACCCAACAAAGAAGUGGAAUUUGGGUCCAGUUCUUUCUUCCACCCACCUGCUUCCUGCCAUGAAUUGCACUCAUCAUUAUAUCCAGAAUCUUCCUCCUUGCCCCCUUGUGAAAGCAAUCCAUCCAACAGGAUCUCUCCAAACUUCCAGUCUGCUUCUGCUGAUUUUCAUGACCAAGUUCCCUCUUUUCCCAGUAGGCAAGGGUUGGCAGAGAGGUCUGCAAGAACUGAGAAUGAUGCCCACCAUAGUGUGGAAUUUGCUGACACCACAGCCACAGGGCUGAAAGGCUAUAGGGAAUGCUGCAGAAGCAGCAAGUUAGAAGAGGUUCAUAACAUAAUGCCUAUUCUCACACCUCAGUACAAAUCCAAGGCUAACACAAUAAGCUCUGGGUCUUUUCCUACACUGUUUCCCUGUCCACAUCCACCACAACCAGCAUCUCCUGAAAAUGACAGCCAGCACAGUCCCUGUUCGAAACUUUCAAGCUCUCCAGUGCAGCCCAGCAUUGAUCAUUUAGGGUCCUGCCAUGCAGUGACCCCUGUAAUUUUAUCCCCUACACAGCAGUGCUCCUUGGAUCCUUUGCAGAAAACAAAUAAGUGCUCCAUAGCAAACAGCCAUGAGAUAUUACCCUCACAGGAUGAAUAUGGCACAGGAGAAGGUUGUAAAUCUGAGGCAUUUAGUACAAAGGGACAUGUUCGCUCCUUGGCAGAGCAGUUUCAGAAAAUGCAUGCAGUCUCCCAGAGAAAAGGUACUCCUGAAAAAGGCUGGAUUACUGCAGUGUGUCAGGAUGAGAAGUCUCCAAAGUUACCACAAAAAUCUUCCAUCAGCCUUUCAUCCUCUGGUCACAGACAGCUAAUUCAUCAAAACCAAGAAAACAAAAAACAAUCUUCUGACAAAUUACACUCAACUGUGGAUAUUAGGGACGUGGUAGUUUCUUUGGAGGGUUUUAGUGUCCAGCAUGUUGCUUCUAAGAGUAUUUGUUCUCACAGCGAAGAGCUAUGUAGAAGAGGUGGACAGAAUAUAGCAGACCCUGCACACUACCUGGAAAGGCACUCUCAUGAUGGAGGAAUGAAGCAGGUGGAUGAUGGAGCUACUAGUAGCAUGGUUGCCUCUAUGCCUGUGGACUGUUGGGUGAAUAAUGUUACUAGGUAUUACAGUUCUCAGAAGGCUAAUAAGAAUACUGAAUGGCUUCCUGUACCUGGGAGGAGUCCGCCCCUUUCUGAUCAGAGAGCAGUUGGAGAUGACUUGAGCAGGAUCCCAGUACAUCUGCAUCCACAGUGGAAUCAAGACACAGAACAGGAACUCUCAGAACUGGAAUCCCUCUAUCAGAAUAGUCUGCAGGCAUCUCAGGCCACUAGGCCUUUCUUGGGAAGACAGGACAGUGCUAGGUAUCAAUUUGACCAAUCAGUCUCUGUGAACCUGAAUGUGAGGAAGCUGCAUGCUACAGCUGGCAUGGGACUCUCGAAAACCCCAACAGCAGAGAUCGAGCGCAGCCUGUCUGGAUCCGCUGCCUCUUCUGUCUCCAAGGUCAGAUAUACCCGAGAACAUAGCAGGGAACCAGAAGAGGAGGAAAUGUACAGUGCAGAGAAUUUCCGUCGCAUUGCUCGCAGUCUCAGUGGGACAGUCGUCUCAAACAGAGAAGAGACCUUGGUCUCUUCUCACAGUUUUGAAGCACCAAGUACAAGGAAAAUGCCAGUGGACACCAGCCACCGUUCUUCCAGCUCCACUUCCCUUCCUUUCCCCCAUGAUCCUCCUGUGUUUCCCUUUGAUCCCCAGCACAACCCAAACCACGUGCUGCACCUACCCCAUGAUGUACUGAUGCCUAGCAUGGUGGGCAAGGCACGUAAACCGUCAGGAGAUCAGAAGAACAUCAUCCAGAAACUUUUGGUUGUGCCUGACAGGGGUGAAGCUUUCCAAGGCGAAGACUACCCAGGUGUGGCACUGAGCUAUGGGAGUCUCCCUUUUGCGCCCAAAGGCACCCUCUCCCAGGGGCAAAAGCCUCUUGUUAAUCCACAUUUAGGAGGUGGCGCAUCAAGUGUCUCUGGCUGUUGGCUGAACACGAGCUACUCUGCCAGGCAAACAGCCACGUUACCAGAUAAGCGAAUGAUGCUUUGGGGGAAACAUGCUGGCCAGCCAGGAAAGAGUUUACAUCAUCAAAUUCAUGAAUCUUACGCCACCGGUUGCAGGCUACCAGUCAGCACAGACUACAGCACUUUAAGAAUACCACAUGAGCCUUCUUGGGAUCCCAGUUCCUCUCAAGGUUGUCCUGUGCCCCCUUCUUGUGUUAAAGCCCCGGGUCCAAGGAGAGUUGACAUGCCCCCAGAAGAAGACUGGCGACAGAACAGCUACACCCCUCAGCCUGGCAGAAGGCGAAUGCUGCCAGUGCAUGUGGUGGAUGGGACUUACUCUUCUGCUUCAGAGGCACACAGAAAUACGCUGGCUCGAGCAGCAGCAGCUACUGGUACCAUGCAAAAUAAUGGCUGGUGAGAUUCCAUCCACUCCAUGUGCAGUAAUAAACUGCUCUGUGAACAGACUAAAGCCAUUGCCAGAGCAUGGAUUACAUGGAGACAGCAAACUCUUUGAAUCAGUAUCUGUGCCAGUUUCAUCUUAAAAUGUAGCUAUACAAUAUAUGGAAACUAAUUGCACUGUAUUUCAUUUCUGACACUACUGAACUGCUGUCUGGAUGGGAAAUCUUAGCUAUUCUAGUCCUGGCCUGUCCUAGCAAAAAAGUGCUAUAGGAAUGGCAAGCUUAAGGGGCACUGGUUUACGGGUAAAUUCAGAAGUAUGUGCAUGUUUUGAAGGAAGACGGAUACUAACAAAAGGACAUUUUGGAGGACUCUUUUUCAUGAAAUGUAGCUUUGGUAUAUUCUUCACAUAAAAAAAAACAAAAACCACAAUAAUUUUGUUUUCCUCUCAUUCCCCUUUUCUGUUGCUUCUUAGGGGAAAAACUAGCCCACCUUCCAGGUUCCAGUAAAUCUGCACUUGGCAGGCUGGCAGUUAGUAAAGCAAACCCAGUUUUCAGUGUGCUGAUCUUGGGCAGAGAUCACAGCUGUAGUUGCUGCUGAAGAAGUGGUAGGGAGGCAUUGUUCAUCUGUAAAACAGAAUUUUUCCCACUUCCUUUAAAGCAAACUAACAAUGCUUCAAACAGAAAAGACUGUUAAUGCUACACGCUUAAUUACACCAAUGUAAACACAGAAUAAGUUUAACUAUUUUAGUGUCAAACAUACUUGCUUUUCUAAGUAUUUUUCAAAUAAAUCUGUGAAAAUAGUUCU